AUGGAAGAAGUAUGGAAAGACAUCAACCUCACUUCUCUCAAUGACCACCAUGCAGCUGUAGCUGCCACUGGCACCAGAGAAUCAACCCUUCCCAAAGUCUCCAACACUGAUACUACCAACUUCCGUGGUAUGAUUUUUCAAGACUUCCUUGCUCGACCCUUCAACACUAUUGAUCCACCAACAAGCAUUGUCUCCGUUAAUCCCACAACUUCUUCUGAUGUCACUACCUUCACUUCUCCACCACCACGGCCCCCUACUGUCUUAAGUUUGAAUUCGGGCCCAGAAUUUCAUUAUCUUGACAACACCGAUUCGUUGAGGCCACACUUGCAAUUAUAUGGCUCUGGCAAUGCAACUGCUACACCCUUGUUUCUUCCUUCCUUGAAUGCUCCUUUUGACUCUUUCGGUUCUUCUUCGGCCUUUUCUCCAUUUUGCCAAAAAAGGGUUCCGGACACUAAUGAAAAUUCUGGAGAUCGAUGGCAAAAGCGCAUGCUCAAGAAUCGAGAAUCUGCUGCUCGGUCUAGAGCCAGAAAGCAAGAAUUUAUUUUUUCAAUCUCCUCCUCUCAAUCUACUUUGUUAUUUGUCUCAAGGUAA